CCCGCCCCUCGCCGCCGACCUGCAUCAUCAAUCCUGACUAAUUAACUGGAUAUUGGGGUCAUUUGAAACUCAAAGUGAAGGUCCUGAUUGCACUCUAAUUGGUAUCUGUCCCAUAUCGUCAUCACUUGGCUGGAAUUGACCCCGGAAUUUACUUCAACACACUCGGAAUUAUCCAGCUCGGAGAAAUCACGGGGCUCGGAUAACCUAAGCAGCAGCACUAUGUCUGUUUGAUAGCUAGUGUUGCUCAACUGGUGUCUGUACGACCAUUGCGGGGACAGACCCCAAAGUGUGACAGUGGCGAUCCUAGUCGCGCAUCCCUCGAUUCAUAACUGCCGUGGUCAUCGGGGUCAGAAUGUCGAAUCCCGGCAUUUCGAUGCAAAAGUCCUUGCUUGCUCAGGCUUUGAAAGCCGAACGGGAUGUAUCCACUGCUACGUCUCAGACACAGGCUUUGGAGGCUGCUAUCAAUGCGACUGAACACUAUAUGAGAGCUUUGAAAUUGACUACUGCUCCGAAAGACAAACAGAAAUUAGACGCAAAAUGCAAAGAAUUGCUUACCAGAGCAGAGAGGAUCAAGGAGACCAAGAACUGGAAGUCCACAGCAGGUGACAACAAUGCGCCCGGGCUACGGACACCGGUAUCAACACGAAAGCUCACAACCCGUGAGGAAAUCAUUCUUCUCGAAGGAGCAAAACUGAAUGGUUUUAUUUUCCCACCAUGGGUCAGCUCUCCCAGCCCAGAAGAAUUCGAGCAGGACCGGGGAAACAGGCUGUUUACAGAUGAGCCCGAUCUUCACCUUUCUAGUCUACAAAGAAAAAUAUUUGGGGGCUGGAAAAGACCCCGAGACCUGCUGUUUGAGAUUGUGGAAGACGAGGACGUGAAAACCCCAGUAAUGGCCGUUUCGGGGAAGACCGAUCUCGUACAAGAUGUUUUGACGGACUGCUCGGUUGUUGCGAGUCUCUGUGCCACAGUAUCAAGGGCUGAACGUGGCUUGGGCAAGCAUCUUCUCCCAGUGAUCUACCCCUGCCAAGACGAAGAGGUAGAUUCCAUGCUUUCACCUUCUGGGAAAUACAUCUUUUGUUUCUAUUUCAACGGGUGUUUUCGGAAGGUUGUCAUAGAUGAUCGGCUACCCUCGUCCAAAACCUCAAGAUCACUUCAUGUGAUUGACCGAAAUAACCCUAAUUUUCUGUGGCCUGCCCUUGUAGAAAAAGCGUACCUAAAGCUCCGGGGAGGAUAUGAUUUCCCAGGAAGCAAUUCUGGCACCGAUUUGUGGGUCUUAACAGGUUGGAUUCCCGAGCAAGUAUUCCUGCAUCAUGAGGAUGUGACUUAUGAACAACUCUGGAAGCGAUUGUUCAAAGCCUUCCACUAUGGUGAUGUUCUGUUGACUAUUGGCACGGGGAAACUCACCGAGAGGGAGCAGCAAGGACUAGGCCUUGUUAGCGAGCAUGAUUAUGUUAUCCUGGAGAUGAAUGAGUCCAACGGACGUCGCCAAAUGCUGGUGAAAAACCCCUGGGCUGGAGAAGAGCCUGUGCAGAGAGCCACCGAUUUUAGAUCUGAAUCGACAGAGUCAGCGCAUGACUUAAUGUCCCUUGCCCCGGGAACCUUUUGGAUGGACUUUGAAAGAGUCGGUCAGAAUUUUGAGAAUCUCUACCUCAAUUGGAACCCGGGACUGUUCAAGCACCGCGAGGAUAUCCACUUUACAUGGGAUCUCUCCAGUGGGAGAGGUAUCACGGGCUGUUUUGUCAAGAACCCCCAGUUCGCAAUAUCCACUGAAAUGGGAGGUACCGUCUGGCUACUUCUCGGCAAACAUUUUAGAACGACUGAGCGAACUCGAUCUCCGAUCUCUAGCCAUUCGUUCCCAGGGAAUGGAGAAUCGGGAUUCAUAAGCAUAUAUGUCUUCAAGGCAGAUGGGAAAAGGGUCUCUCUAACGGAUGGUGCUCUCCAUCGUGGACCUUAUGUGGACUCACCCAAUACCCUCAUGAGGCUUGAGAUGCCUCCCAAGACGACUUACACUGCGGUGAUCUCAGAACAAUCGUUGCCCUCCUUGAGCCAAAGUUUUACAUUAUCUGCCUUUUCCACUUCCCCUGUGCAUCUUGCUCAUUCGAAAGACAAACAUACGUGCGUGACCAAGAAGCAUGGGAGUUGGACACUUUCGACAGCGGGCGGUAAUGCGGAAUCUGCUCGUUAUUCCUUCAACCCGCAAUUCAGCCUCAAGAUAUCCGAACCGACGGAUUUGUCUAUCCUGCUGGAAUGCUCUGAAACAGAGAUAGCCAUCCACGCCAAGCUGUUCUGGUCAAAUGGCAAGCGCAUAUCGAGAGUACAAAGCCGCGACAUCAUCGGUGAUAGUGGUGACUACCGUCGUGGCGGUGCUCUUGUCGAGGCGAAGGCUUUAGAUAAGGGCAUAUAUACUAUUGUCUGCUCUACCUUUGCUCCGGAUCAACUUAGCCGAUUCACUCUUUGGGUCUCUUCCAAAAUCCCGUGUGAAGUAAAACCACUUGCGCCAGAGUCAGCAGGACGGCGAGCGGUAAUUUCGGACAUUGGUGUUCUACCUCCAGGGAAGGACAGAAUGCUGGCCCCCUUGCAGGUGCCGCGACUGACACGGAUCAAGCUUAUUGCGCGCAGCAGGCUGUCCAUAAUUGGUAGUCGUCCUGUUGGGCCUUCACCGGUGUUGAUGACUGUAGAACUAGGCCAAGGCCCAUACAAAGAGAUUAUGGCAACUUCUGAAGAUGGAGCUCAUAGUGAUGCGAUAUCUGGAAUCCGGGUUGACGACUUUGACUUGCAACCGGGAUUUGAACACAGCGGUGGAGUAUGGAUUGUCAUUGAACGGAUUGGAGGACUUGGUGGACAGGUCGAGGAUCAUUUUGAAGUCGAAGCUUUGGCAGAGGAACGAGUUGAGAUUGGGGAAUGGAUAGUUGAAGAUGCUUGACGAUAUGUCUUAUUGUUUUGAGGAUUUCAUACGGAACUGGUCUAUGACUGAUGAUAAAUAAUGACAGAUGGAUUGUGUCGAGAGGCACAGUAAGGAAUUUUCGUUCUAGAGUAGAAUAUGCAAUAAUAUAAGUGUCUAC